CCAGCUCCAAGUGAAGCCGAAGAAAGUGUUGACAUAAACCCAACGGCUCUUUUAAGAGCCACUCACAAUUUCCAGGGAAGAGAUUUACUAAUGUUCGACAUUGGAUCGCAACAAGCUUGUCUGAAAAGUUCUAAAUAAAGAUUACUCGGACCGCUGAAGGAGAAUGGCCCGGACCAAGCAAACAGCGCGCAAGUCCACCGGAGGGAAAGCUCCCCGCAAACAGCUGGCCACCAAAGCGGCACGGAAAAGCGCCCCAGCCACGGGCGGAGUGAAGAAGCCCCAUCGCUACCGGCCCGGCACCGUGGCUCUGAGGGAGAUCCGGCGCUACCAGAAAUCCACCGAGCUGCUCAUCCGCAAACUGCCCUUCCAGCGCCUGGUGCGGGAAAUCGCUCAGGACUUCAAGACCGACCUGCGCUUCCAGAGCUCGGCCGUCAUGGCCCUGCAGGAGGCCAGUGAAGCUUACCUGGUGGGGCUCUUUGAGGACACCAACCUGUGCGCCAUCCACGCCAAGCGAGUCACCAUCAUGCCCAAAGACAUCCAGCUGGCCCGCCGCAUCCGUGGGGAGCGCGCCUGAAUCCGGCCUCGGCACCAAGCACAACAAAAGGCUCUUUUAAGAGCCACUAACUCAGCAGUGGAAAGGGCUGUCAUUUCCUAUUCAUUCACCUUUUGUGUUUCCGACACGCCGAUUUCCUCUGAUCCUUCCCUGUGGGUGUUUUGUUUAAUAUUGUUCAAUAAUUCAUCCCAGUUUGUUACAGACUCCAACACGGCCGGACCCACCAACACAGAGAAUCAGCAGUUCUGUGCCGUUGGGUUAACGGCAGCGCGAACAUCAGAGAUAAACUUCUCCCUUGCCCUCAGGGUGUCUCUGUCCCCAGACCCCUGCCGUGAACAGCUGGUUAUGAUCACCAAGUUUUCUAGGUAUCUGCGGUUGUUACAGUCGUGGAGAAUGGGUUUCAAUCGUCUCCCGGUCCCAUUUCUGCUCGAGUACAUGAUCAACUCACGAGGACACAUCAGCCUGUAGACACUGGAAUUCCGGUUCUUUCACAGAACUUUUUUCAUGUUACAAACUCUCCUUAGACCGAGUUUGCGAGAGACUAAUGCAGAAUCGCGUUCAUACAGACAGACCGCGAGUAUAAACUGGAUCGGCUUUUGGAAACUAAAUGUCCAGAAACAUUCAAACUGAAUACGGUCUGGUCGACAUUUGGAGAUUUAAAUUUCCUUGGUGCUCGGAGUCGGAGGGCUAGUCGGAGACUCGAAGUUUUCAGACGGACUCAGAGUCAGACUGUGGUCAGGUGCUUCCAGGAUGCUGCAUUGGCAAGUUUGCAGCGCUGGAAACUCAUAACAGGAAGAGUUUUCUUCCUUGUACCGUCUGCGUGAGACGUUGGGACUAUCGGGACUUUGAGACUUUUUUUUACCAUGCCCAUGGUCUGCUCUUAUCAAAUUAUGGUAUUGCUUUGCACUGUUGUAACUAUAUGUUAUAAUUACGUUGUUUUUGUCAGUUUUAGUCUUGGUCUGUCUAGUGUUUCUGUGAUAUCAUACCAGAGGAACAUUGUAUCA